GCGCCGCGGCGGGGAACUACAUUUCCCACAAGUCUGCGGGGCCGGGCGUCGGCGCCGGAGCGGGACAGGCCUUGCCCGGCGACACCAAGUUUCAUGCAGGCUCCUGGGGAAGCUGGUGCUGCUGCUGCUGCUCCCUGAUCCCCGCGGACAGACCUUGGGACGGAGGCCGGCGCUGGCGGCUGGAGAUGGCGGGCACGAGGUCGGUGCACGAAACCAGGUUCGAGGCGGCGGUGAAGGUGAUCCAGAGUUUGCCGAAAAAUGGUUCAUUCCAGCCAACAAAUGAAAUGAUGCUGAAGUUCUAUAGCUUCUACAAACAGGCAACUGAAGGACCCUGUAAACUUUCAAGGCCUGGGUUCUGGGAUCCUAUUGGAAGAUACAAAUGGGAUGCUUGGAGUUCACUGGGUGAUAUGACCAAAGAGGAAGCCAUGAUUGCAUAUGUUGAAGAAAUGAAAAAGAUUCUUGAAACUAUGCCGAUGACUGAGAAAGUUGAAGAAUUGCUGCAUGUCAUAGGUCCAUUUUAUGAAAUUGUAGAGGACAAAAAGAGUGGCAGGAGCUCUGAUUUAACCUCAGAUCUUGGUAAUGUUCUAACUUCUACUCCAAAUGCCAAAACUGUUAAUGGCAAAGCUGAAAGCAGUGAUAGUGGAGCUGAGUCUGAGGAAGAAGAGGUCCAAGAAGAAAUAAAAAGAGCAGACCAGAGUGAUGAUGAUAAGAAAAUCGUCACGAAACCAUCAGGCCAUGAAAACUUGGAAAUCAUUGUGACCAGUGGCUCUGAUAAAGACAGUUUUGUUCAGGAUAUACAGGCAGACAUUCAUGCCAGUUCAUCCUUGAAUGGCAUAAGGACUGAAGAAGUCAAACCGGUUGAUCAGCACUUGGAGCUACCCGGAAAAACCACUGUCUCUGUUCACCAAGAUAUAAAUGAUGAUCAUGUCGAAGAUGUUUCAGGAAUUCAGCAUUUGACAAGUGAUUCGGAUAGUGAAGUUUACUGUGAUUCAAUGGAGCAGUUUGGACAAGAAGAGUCUUUAGACAGCUUUAUGUCAAACAAUGGACCAUUUCAACACUACGUGGAUGGUGAUCUCAAUAAACCCUUGGAGAACUGUGGUUUUCCUGAAGAUGUUCAAGUGCCUCCUGGAAGUGGCGGCGUUGGGACUGUUCAGGUGGUAGCAGUGGAAGGGAAAGGUGCAGUAAAGCACGGAGGUGAAGAUGGCAGAAGUGACAGUGGAGCGCCACACCGUGAGAAGCGAGCUGGAGAAAGCGAGGAGCUCUCUGGUGUCCGAAGAGGCAGAGGUCAUAGGAUGCAGCAUUUGAGCGAAGGAGCCAAAAGUCGGCAAGUGGGAAGUGGAGGUGAUGGUGAACGCUGGGGCUCGGACAGAGGGUCCCGAGGGAGCCUCAAUGAGCAGAUUGCUCUGGUGCUCAUGAGAUUGCAAGAGGACAUGCAGAAUGUCCUUCAGAGACUGCAGAAACUGGAAACGCUAACUGCUUCCCAGGCAAAAUCAUCAGAACUGCAGAGCAGUGUUCAGCCCUCCUCACAGAGACCAUCUUGGUGGCCCUUCGAGAUCUCUCCCGGUGCAUUAACUUUUGCUAUCAUAUGGCCUUUUAUUGCCCAGUGGCUGGUGCAUUUGUAUUAUCAGAGAAGGAGAAGAAAACUGAAUUGAAGAAAGUGGUAUCUUACCCAAGAAGACUGCUGGGCCUGGAUCACCUGAGAAUGAAAUGGAUUGUGGAGUUCACAAGAAAAUCUAGUUGUAAUGAUUACAUUUCUUUUUGUUGUCCAGUAGUUUGGUUUGUGUACAUAUAUAUAUAUAUUUUUUUGCACUACACAAAUGAUAACGUUUUAAGGACUAAUAUUGCUGAUACUUGAAUAAUCAAUCUCUACUAGGUUGUAAGUAGCAUAUAUAGAUAGAUUUGCCCUGCACUUGAACUUGAAGGACAUUAAAUUAUUAAUUAUUGUUCGGUAACAUGUUUACCUGAUUAUCUCCCAUAGAGAAAUAUAAGCUGCUUUUCCAAGGUACAGUUGUGAUAAUGAGAUCAGAUUUAUAAAUGGAUAUUUUUAAUUUUCUAAGUUAAAUAUAUAAGAAGGAAUGCAAACAGGUGUGAAUUUCAAGUGAGAUUAAGUCACUUUGUAUCUUAGUCACUUAAUUGCCCUGCUAUGUAGUAAAGAAUUGCUGGGAGAAUCUUCACAUUCAUUUUGCAGGCUGUCCUUGAUCUAUCUUGGGCAUUCACAAUUCCGAGUUUGGUGUUCUUUAUUUGUUAAUUAUUACAAAGAGGAGUAGAGUCUCAUGUAUUAGACAGCUUUUACAAGGGAUUCAAAGAGACACAACCUGCUGAUGGAAAUGAGGAAGCCUGGGCUUCCUGGAGGCUUCACGGUGGGUUCUGAGCCUUCAGAUGAUGAGUAAGGUUUUUAUUCAUGUGCAUUUAUUACUUUCUAAUCAUGUUUCUUUCACUGUUACCUAGUGUCUGCUUCAUAGGGUGCUUUAAAAUACAAAAUGAAAACUUAUUUAUACUGUUUUUACAAAGGUUAAAAAGGAGACACAUGAAAAUCACUUUUCUGCAACUGGCGAACUAUAUAGACUGGACUCUUAACCUCUUAGUGCCUCAGAUUUUCCUUCGGGGUAUAAUAUUUCACACGUACCUGCUUCACAGGGGUAUUGGAAGGCUUUGCAGCUAACAGGCUGCAUGUUUCCAAGGGAAUAAGGCAUGCCCAACUAAUGGAAAUGUAGGUCUCCGCUCAUCUCCCACAUUUAGACCGAAUACCUAUUUUAGGUUCUUGAAGACCUGGUUUAGAAAGUCAUUUCUUCCUGUUUACCUUUCAAAACUUCCUGCUCACUUCGAUGUACCUUGUGCUUUAACGAUUUGCUGGAUUCAAAGGCUUUGUUGUAAAUAAUUUUUAAGCAUUCUCGGUUUGUAUGGUGUUGGGUUUGGCAUCAUGUGGUCAGAGUUCUAAGUGAGAGGAAAGAGUCCAUCUCCGGCACACAGGCUGCCUCUGUGUGCGCUUGAAGAGAAGGUAUGAUACAGUUUGCUUUGCCCAAACUCGUUUUCUUUCAUGUGACUUGGUGGUUACUUUUAAAUCUCAGCUUGAUUAAAAUAUGUUUGUCUAAAGGGAUCUACUGAUAUUUGCUUUUAAAAACCUGCCCUUUACUUAUUCCGAAAAAAAAAAAAAUGAAGCAAGCAAUUGAAUUAUAUGUAAAAGUAAAAUUUAGAACUUUGGAUCAGGGAUUAUUUUCAAAAGCUAGAUACCAAUUUGGUAUCAGAAAGUGGUAGCUUUUCUUUUAGUACUUAAGUAAACAAAAUGCAAUUAAGAAUGUAAGCAGUUGUGAUUCAUUACAAGCAGGCAGGGGUAACUAACUCCUAGGGUUAACCAUUUGUAUCUUGUUCCAAAGUCUUAUUUUAUAAUUUGAAAAACACUUUGCACACAGUUCUUGUAUAUAAAAGUAAAGAUGUAAUUAUCGGGUAUAGUGUUUCUGCUUUGUUUAAUGACAACCUCAUUUUACAUUUAAAUUGGACAGCUAUGGUAUUUUUUUAAUGACCAACUUCUUUUCUGUUUAUUGUAAAAAUAAGUUAAAAAUAAAAGGUUAAUGAGAAAUAAAAUGGUAUUUAUUGUUA